CCCUCCGCGAAGUCGUGCCUCUCUUCCAGCGAAACGCGACGCCGACGGCCCUCCGCCUCCGCCGGUUGCCUCCAUCGGCGUCGGAGUCCGUCGCCCCCGCCUCCUCCGCCUCCGCCUACGCGCCCGAUGCCAACGCGUCGAACCACGACGGCGAAAAUGGAGGAGAGAGAAACGACGAAGCAGAAGACGGAGACGAAGAAGCAGAAGCGCGCGCGCUCGGGGUUCUGGACAUGGGUCGUCGCGUCGGUCGCGUUCCGGCUCGCCCUCGUCUACCUCCCAGGAACCUCCGCCUGUCCACCCGCCCCGAGGUCGCUACCCCUCUCACCAGCAUUCGCCGCCUUGGGGAAGGCUACUGGUUGAAGCAGUCGGUGAUGUCUCUCCCUACGCAGGUUUGGCUCCGUUCGAUUAGGAAGGAAGCUGCUUGUUUGCCUACGGUUCUCCUUUGCUGUUGCUCGUUCUCGGACCUCUCGCUGUCGAAAGAUACUUGUGCAGAGGCUUGUCUACAGGGAAUCGCCCCACCUGUGACCAGAGCCUGCGGAUUCAUGAAAGACUCACGGAGAGGGCCGGCUUGGGGUGCAUACUUCGUUCCCUAGCAGACACCACAAAUACAGUAUGAUGAUUAUUGCUAUCAUGAUCUGAAGAGAGAAAAGUGCCCACUGUAUGAUUCCUCGCCUCCCUUUCCUGUAGAUUUGGGCUGUGGUGUAUCCGUCAUUGACAUGAAUGUGAUCAGUAUUACGCUUUAUUACAAAGUAUCAUCUCUGAGUCCUUACAAAGCUAAACUUGCUUCGGAUUGCCAGAGAACAUGCAUUCUAUCAUUUCGAGGAGUUGAGCAUUUGUCUACCCUUGA